CGCAGGAGCCGGGGGGUGCUCACGCCUGUGCCCGCAGCUCCCUAGCCCUGCCCCGGGCCGAGGAGCUCGUCUGUCCUUGGGCCGUCCGGCCGCGGGGCCCGGGGCGCUGCCCCGCACAGGCCGCGGUGGCUCCGGGGGGCGCCGCCGAGCGGGCCGGUGCUGCCGGGCCGGGUUUCCCUCGGCCCCGCGGCUGGGGGGUUCCCGCCCCGCUGCGCUCGGAGCCCCGUGGCCGGAGUGACUCGUGUCAGGAGCGCCUGUCCCCUAGGCGUGGUGGUUGCAAGGCACACACCAGUCCGGCCCGCGGUGGGGAUCGCCGGGGGGGCUUUUGUCCUCUUCCUUUGGUCGCUAUGCUCUAAAAGCUAUGAAGCAAAUGGAGCCGCAAGUUAAACAAGCACUUCAGAAUCUACCAAAAUCUGCCUUCAGUGGUUAUUACAGAGGUGGAUUUGAACCCAAAAUGACUAAACGAGAAGCAGCUUUAAUACUAGGAGUGAGCCCUACAGCCAACAGAAGUAAAAUUAGAGAAGCUCAUAGACGGAUCAUGCUUCUGAAUCAUCCAGAUAAAGGCGGUUCUCCAUAUGUAGCGGCCAAAAUCAACGAAGCUAAAGAUUUACUGGAAGACCAAGCUAAAAAAUGAAUGAGUGAGAAAAUCAGAGGGUUUGUCCGCGCAAAUGAUUAUUUUUGAUAAACAGAUUAAGAAACAUUCUAUUGUUGGUCUUUGACUUAACAUAAAUGAAGCUGGAAAUACGAAUCCAGGGGGCUACUUCCCGCCUUGCAUUUUAGUCACUUUUUGGGGAAGCGUGUGAGGGAGUGAGGCUUCAAGUUGUUUUUUUUUUCCCAAGCUGUUCUUUAUUAAGCAGCAAAAUCUGCCACUCGGAAAUAUUUUCAGUGCAAAAGAGUAAUGACUUGGUUUGGCCAAUGCAUGUUACCAGAUAUAGGUAAACUUACUGCCGUUACCUAAUUUUUGUUAAAGUAGCUGUGCUUAAAGUUCAUGCUGCUGUUCCUUCGUGUGCCAAAGCGAGCACGAUGAACCAGUCUGGGGAGCGGGGGGGGGGGAAAUCAAGAGGAUUUAUUUGAGGGGAAGAUUUGGGACAGUUUUGUGGUUGUCUCUGACUGAAGAAAUAAAGAAUAGGAAACGAUGUGCUCGGUUGUCUUUGCCUUGUGAAAAACAAGGUUGUUUGAGCUUCUGAAGUGUUACCGACAGGUCGGGAAUGUCCUGGAUUUUUUAGUAACUUUCAAUUUUUAAUGGAUUUUAUAGCAUUUAAUAAAUUCUAAAUGUGUAAUAUAAG